UUAACAACCAAUUCAAGCUACAAAUAUCAUUAAAAUAAUUUUUCACUAUAAUGGAAAUUCAUCAACAAAAACAACAAUCCAUGAAGUUGAGUAGUAGUAGUAAGUUCAAACGUAUUUGUGUCUUUUGUGGCACCAGCCUUGGCAAAAAUCCAAGCUACCAACAUGCUGCCAUUCAAUUUGCCAAACAACUGGUGGAGAGGAACAUUGAUUUGGUAUAUGGAGGAGGAAGCAAUAUUGGUUUGAUGGGUUUAAUAUCUCAAGUUAUGUUUGAUGGAGGACGCCAUGUCAUAAGGGUCAUCCCUAAGACUAAGACUCUCAUGCCAAGAGAGAUAACAGGAGAGAGUAUCGGAGAAGUUUGGACUGUAUCGGACAUGCACCAACGCAAGGCCGAAAUGGCUCGACAAGCUGAUGCUUUUAUCGCCUUGCCAGGUUACUUACUUUUCACUCCAAUAAAGAAAGAUAAUCAAUCUUUGGUCACAAAUAAUAUAUUAGUUUGGCAUUUAACACUAAAUUCUUUUAAGAUAUAUUAUACAGGUGGGUAUGGCACUCUGGAAGUACUAUUGGAAGUGAUUACCUGGGCUCAACUAGGAAUCCAUGAUAAACCCGUGGGACUGUUGAACGUGGAUGGGUACUAUAACUCGUUGCUGUCAUUCAUAGACAAUGCUGUAAAUGAAGGUUUCAUAACACCUGAUGCCCGUCAUAUUAUUGUGUCUGCCCAUACUGCCCAAGACCUCAUGUGCAAGCUUGAGGAAUACGUCCCCAAGCACUGUGGUGUGGCCCCAAAGCAACGUUGGGAGAAUGACCAGGAGUUCAUAAACAAUUAACCCUGCAAUUCUAGAUUUUCUCUAUUUGACCAAGACGAAUAUAUAUAUAUAUAUAUA